AUGACUCAAGAAACUAUAAAAAUUAUAACAGACCUAGGAACACUUUGUAGGACUUGCUUGAGUGAGAAACCACUUGAUGAACUACAAAAUGUAUUUACAAAUUGCUUUAAAAUAGAACUUUUUGAUGCAACUGCAAUAAAUGUUGACGAAAAUGAUGGCUUGCCAAGUAAUAUUUGUAAUGAUUGCAUUAGUACUCUUAAUAUUGUAACAAAAUUUAAAGAACAAUGUAAUAAAUCAGAUAAAGAACUAAGACGAGUAAUGAAUACUGAAGGUUUUUUUUGUAAAACAUUAACAAUUUUAAGUGAUAACUUAGAAGAUUAUAAAGACAUAACUUUUCCUGAACUUACCGAUUUAAAUGCAUCUACUGAUUUUAUUCAAAAUCAAGACUAUGACCAGCUAAUAGAAGUUGUAGUAAAUAAUUCUGUUGGCGCUACUGAAAAUCAAGAUGAAAGUAAUGGAGAUUUAAACCCUCCGAUUGAAGACAUUACUUGCAACAUAUGUUUGAGAAUAUUUAAAAACAUUAACUAUUUAAGAAACCAUAUGAUUUUAAAGCAUGGUCAACCUAUAAGCUGUGAUAUUUGUAAAAAAAAAUUUACAAAGUUAAGUAAAUUAAAAAAACAUGUACACAUUCAUACAGAUAACAAACUUUUUAAGUGUGAAAUAUGCAGCAAGGAAUUCUUUCUCCAUGCUAGUUUAGUUAAACACAAAAGAAGACACACUGGGGUAAAAGAUUUUUUAUGUACAGAAUGUGGAAAGGGUUUUUAUGAACAAAACCAUUUAACAAUUCAUUAUCGGACACAUACAGGAGAAAAGCCCGCAGUUUGCAAAGUUUGUGGCAAAGGAUUUAUUGAUUCCCAUGGAUUGACUACACACAUGAAAGUACAUACGGGAGAACGAAAUUAUGAGUGCGAUGUUUGCGGUAAAAAAUUUGGACACUCAUUUGUGCUGAAAGUUCAUAAACGAACGCAUACAGGGGAAAGACCGUUUGCUUGUGCUACUUGUGGCGCGAGUUUCGUUACUUCUUCAUAUUUAAAUAUUCAUAUGAGAACCCAUACUAAUGAGAGACCCUACUCGUGCGAGAUUUGUGAAAAGAAGUUUGUUAGUAAGGGAGCAUUGACAGUUCACAUGAAGACUCAUACAGGAGUAAAAAAUUUCCAAUGCACAGUUUGUGGCAAAAAAGUUGGAAGAUCAGCCGAUCUUGCAGUUCAUAUGAGAACUCACACCGGCGAACGUCCUUAUGCUUGCGAUCAAUGUCCGAAAAGGUACCAUACAUCCAGCAAUUUGGCAGUACAUAAGCGAACUCACACAGGCAUUAAAAACCACCGAUGCGAAAUUUGCGACAAAGCUUUCGGCGAUCCUCGUACCCUCAAAUGCCACCUUCGGGUGCACACCGGAGAAAAACCGUACGUUUGCGAAGUUUGCGGCAAUAGAUACUCCCAGUCCGGUCAACUUGCACUACACAGAAAAUCUCACUUGAUACUAGGGAUGUAACGAUACAUAGUUUUGCUGAUACGAUACCGAAUAUUGUAAUAAAGUUGUAAAAUAUAUAUACU